CGCUGCCGUUCGUGGCCUCAGCUGUCAAUCACCAGGUCCCAGCCGGUGAUUACUCGCCGGCACCCAGUGAUCGCUGAGUAUUGCCAAACAGGGGAGAGAACUGUAUGUAAACAAUACAAUUCUCUCCCCUGUCAGCUCCUGCACACUGCUUUGUAUGGCAUAGCAGAGCUAGUUGAAAGCACACACAGCACAGAAUGUGAAACAGCACACAGUUAACCCUUUGACUGCCCCACAUGUUAACCCCUUCUUGCCCAGUGCCAUUAGUACAGUGUCAGUGCUUUUUAUUAGCACUGAUCACUGCAUUGGUGUCACUGGGGAUGUCAGUGACACCAAGUCAGUUCCCCCCAGUGUCAAAAUGCCUGAUGCAGUCCCACAGUUGCUGA